GGAGGCAAAUUGAAGAAUCCAGCUCCGUUGAUGGUGAACCCGUAGAAUGGCUCCAACUCCAAAGCUGUGUCCUUCCUUCUUCCCUUUUCUCAUCCUUCUCUCCCUUUUCCUUCUAUUCCUAUAUUCCUCUCUCCUCCCUUUCGCCACCAACAAAGUCUCCACUUCAUCUUCAUCUCCACCUACUAAAAUCAUCGCAUCUUCCUCUUCCUGCAACCUCUUCAAAGGCCAGUGGAUUCUAGACCCCUCAAAACCCAAGCCAUUCUAUGAUGAAUCCUGCCCAUUUCACAGAAACGCCUGGAAUUGCCUCAGGAACAAGAGGGAUAACAUGGGGGUCAUCAAUUCUUGGAGAUGGGUGCCUAAAGAUUGUGACCUGGAACGGAUUGAUCCAUGGCGUUUCCUGGGACUAAUGAGGAAUAGGAAUGUUGGGUUCGUUGGCGAUUCGUUGAAUGAGAAUUUCUUGGUGUCUUUUUUGUGUAUUCUUAGAGUGGCUGAUGCUGGUGCCAAAAAGUGGAAGAAGAAGGGGGCUUGGAAGGGGGUUUAUUUUCCCAAGUACAAUGUCACAGUUGCUUAUCAUAGGGCUGUCUUGCUUGCUAAAUAUCAGUGGCAGCCAAAACAAUCUGUAAGUGCUGAUCAAAAUGGAUUGAAAGGAAUAAACAGAGUGGAUGUUGAUGUUCCUGCAGACGAAUGGGUCAGCAUCGCUGAUUUCUAUGACAUUCUCAUUUUUAACACUGGCCAUUGGUGGGGCUAUGAUAAAUUCCCGAAGGAGACACCUCUUAUCUUUUAUCGUGGUGGAAAACCAAUUAGUCCUCCCCUGGGAAUUUCUGAUGGGCUUAAAGUUGUUCUUGAAAGUAUGGUUCAGUACAUUCAAAAGGCAGUUCCUAGCAACACUCUCAAGUUCUGGCGUUUGCAAUCACCAAGGCAUUUUUAUGGUGGUGAUUGGAACCAAAAUGGCAGUUGCUUGUUUGAUAAGCCCCUUGAGGCUGCUGAGCUUGACUCCUGGUUUGAUCCCAGCAACAAUGGAGUGAAUAAAGAGGCGAGGCAACUCAACAAGAUGAUCACAGAAGCAUUGGAGGGCACAGAUAUUCAAUUGCUUGAUCUAACUCAUUUGAGUGAGUUCAGAGCUGAUGCCCAUCCAGCAAUUUGGCUGGGAAAAAAGGAUGCCGUGUCAAUCUGGGGCCAGGACUGCAUGCACUGGUGCCUACCUGGUGUUCCUGAUACAUGGGUGGAUAUACUAGCACAGCUGAUCCAUAAAAGUCUAGAGACAGGAUGAUGGAACUUCAUAUGAAUUUUUUAAGUUGAUCCAAUAAUCAUUUUGGAGAGUUCCACAAAAUUAAAGCUAGGGAGCAACCUCUUCAGAAGCAAAAGCUAUAUGAAGAUGCAGAAAUGUGACAUCAAAGAUUCAGAAAUUAUAUGAAUGCAAUGAGGGCCAAAUUUUUAUGUUUGUUGUCAUUGAGCUAUGAAAGAGGGUGUUGGAAUGUGAAGCAGGAUUCAAGUCAUGCUGCCACUCUUUUCUAUACAGAUUUGUAGGAAGAAACACUCUGUAUACGUUCAUUUAUUUCUUUAUACAUUAAUCUUUUGCCUCAGCAGUCAGCAUACUGAUAGCAUCUGGGUUAGUAACAGAUUAUACUGUAUUGCAAAAGCCUGCUGCCUUUACGUUAUUGUUUUGUGGAAAGGUCUAUCUGGUGUUUUGCUAAUAUCUCUACUUGGGCAGAUUUCUUUUACAGUUCUUGUUUUGAGGAAGUGAGCUCUGUACAAUUUUAUGUCAAAGUUUUCCUUUUUCAAAUCACGACAGUAUAACCAUAUUAUUUUCAAAUUAAAUAUGUAUGUAAUGU